UGGAAACUCAAGAGACUCGGGAAGACUUGCAAGAGUUAGCGCUCCUCGGGAUUAUUGAACUAUACAUAUUUUUAAAAGGACAAAAGGAAGUCGAAGAUGACAGGUAAAGGAAGUCCAAAAGCUGGUGCCAGGGGUUCUGCCAGUAGGCCAAAAAGCUCAAGCAGUGCUGGAAGUGCAAAAUCAAACAAAAGUGCUAAAGGAAAGCCAAAACCUUCUGCAGGUAAAAAAGAAGAAGCUGCACCACCUGCUUCAGAAUGUGCUCCACCAGAGGAUAUAUUUCCCCUGGUGCUAACAUCAAAAACCCAGGAGCUUUUUCAGUGUCGAGCUGAUGAGGAUCUUACACAAGAAAAUCCCUAUAAACUGCUUAGAAAAGAAGACAUUCUCCUGGAUGUAAAGACCAGAGGGGUGGUGUCUGAUUUUCAACCAUUUAAACAGCUGGUUCUUGACUAUCCUGAGGAAGAAAUUUUAUUGGUGUAUGACAGAGACUUUAAAUAUGGAAAUAAUUUUUACCUUGUUGGCUCAGAAGAAAAGAAAGAACAAUUUUUACAUCCCCCAGAAGCAUCAACACAAGAAGAAGAAGAGGAAGCACAGGAGGCUCCAUACAAACCACCAGAAUCUAAACUCUGGAUAUCCCUUGGAAGUGAAGUUGAGAUUGAAGAUGAGUCUAUAAAAGAUCACAGACAAAAGAUUUGUUUUAAGAUUUCUAGAAUCCGAAGAGAAUUUGGAGCUCCAGUGAAGUUCUCUGAUCAUAGUGCUGUGAAAGAGAAAGAGAAUUAUGUAGAAUGCCCUUCAUACCAAGAUAAAACAUUCAAUAUUAAACAAAUGGAGAAGAAUGCAGGCAUACAAGCAAUUCCAAUGCUAGUAGAGGCUAGUACACAAACUAAAUGGAAGUAUCCUAAAAAUGCCUGUACACAAUAUUCAGCCCAAGAGUUCUCAGAUGAAGAAAAACAGAAAUUAUUCACUUCAAAGAGCCUAAAAGACUUCAUAAACUCAGUGUCCAUUAGAUUUGAAAUUGCUUUACAACAAAAUGAAAUUAUGAAUGCAUUUAUUGAUGACUGGAAAGUUCUUGGAGAAGAAGAAAGUUCUUUUGGUGGGAAGACAGAUACUCAUCUUAAAGAAUAUCAAUCUUUUACUGAUCUGCACUUCAGCAAAAAUAAAGCUGUCAGCUUUGUCAACUGGCAUCCAUCCAUCCCAGGAAUAAUAGCUGUUGCUGUUAGAGAAAAAUAUUCAUUUGAAGAAAGAAUUAAUUUCAGUGCAAAACUGCUUCUAACCCAUGCAUUGAUACUUAUAUGGAGCUUUUCUGAUCCCAUACACCCUCAGUUGUUGCUGGAAUGUCCAGAUGAUGUAUACUGUUUUGAAUUCUGUCCGUCUGAUCCCAGUAUCAUUGUUGGUGGCUGUAUGAAUGGACAGAUUGCACUCUGGGACAUUUCUGCACACAUGGAAAGGCUACAAAGCACCAGGACUGGAGGGGGAAAACAUGCUCCUGCUAAAGCAACCUCAUUACCUGGGUUUGAAGAUCCACAUGCCAAUGACACUCCAGUCAUGCGUUACUGUGCUGUGUCAUCUAUUGAAAGCGGUCAUAAAGCACCUGUCACAGAUGUUCAAUGGCUGCCAGAUUAUUAUGAGGUUUCAAGAUUGGGAACCCCUGUAGAAAACAGUAGUGGAAUGUGCUUACAGAUUAUGACAUGUUCCCCCGACUGUACUGUCUUUAUAUGGGAUGUUCGAGCACCAAAGGCCCCGUUAUCCCAAAUGACAGACAGAAAAAAGGCUGAAGAAAAGCGUCUUGACAUUCUUCAUGAAAUUCCAGAUACUUUUAAACACCUUGAUCUGACAUGGAAACCUUUAAUUAAGGUAGCUCUUCCUAAACUUGAUGGAGGUGGAGAAUAUAGCUCCAUGAAAUUCAGUCUUGUAGACAGUCAUCGUGACACCUGGAUACAUGGCAAUGUUGACAAAUUCCAUCCUAAGACUGAAAAGUUAGAAAGUGGCAUUGAUUAUGCUACAUUGAGGGUUCCUUCAGCUAAAAAUCUUAAAGGACAGAGUGAUGUCAGCACAAAAUUUUCACUAGGCACUGAGGAUGGGGAACUUGUAUAUGCAGACUGGAAAAUGGAAAAAGACAACGAUACAGGCAAACUUUCAAGUUCUAAACCCUCUAAUUGUUUUGUAAUUCAUGAUGGCUUAUUAAAUACGGUGCAAAGAUCUCCAUUUUUUAAAGAUAUAGUUCUGACAGUUGGAGGAUGGACCUUCGCCAUUUGGAAAGAAGAUAUUAUGAGCGGACCCCUUCUUCAAUCAUGUUGCUCUCAGAAGAGGUGCACUGUGGGACAUUGGUCUAUUUCAAGGCCUGGUGUUUUUUUUAUUGGCAAAGAAGAUGGAAGCAUUGACAUUUGGGAUCUUCUAGAAAAAACCCACGAGCCAUCACAAACACAAAACAUCUGUACUGCACCAAUCACGUGCAUUAAACCCUGGAUAAUGUCAUCAAGACAACACCUUUUAGCUGUCUCAGAUGAACAAGGAACGGUAUAUAUUUUAGAGAUUCCUUGGACAAUACGUCAUCCUUCAAACAAUGAAAAGACAAGUGUCAGCAAUUACUUUGAAAGAGAAGUUAAACACCUGCAAUACUUUGAGGCACGGAAACUCUUUAGAGAGAGGGAAAAAAGCGAAAUGGAGGCAGAUGAGCAAAAACGAAAAGCAGAAGCAGUGCCUCCAGAGAAAACAGCAGAACAACUGGAAAUGGAGAGAAAAACUGAAUAUGAAGAGUAUUUGGAAGUGGAGAAAAAAAUUCUGAUCCAAGUUGGGAUUUUACAAGAAGCAGAGGAGCCACUGCCUACUGUUUAAGGUGCAAUGGCUGAGUGGCUAUUUGUAUGUACAGUGUAAAUUCAGAUUUUACUGUAACUUUUUUUCUUACCCUAUAAAAAAACUAAGUAACAACAUGGUAAGUUGUAUCUAAGGCUUCUUUUGCACAAUAUAUAAUCAAUAUUUAGUUGCCUGUGUUUUGUUUUCUUGCUGCCAAUAUACACUGUUUUUAUCCUGAGAAAAAUACACAUAUCCUUUGUCUGUUUUAACUGCUCUUACUCAUUUAGAGCAGCAUUUAAGACUAAGGUUGUAUAUUUUAUGAGCUUGUGGGUAGGAGCAGAAUACUUAAAUAAAGACAGAAUUCAGAAUACCUGUGCUAUUAACAG